AAGUAAACGAAUGAAGUAGGUAACAACUAAAUAUUUAGCUCAACUCUCGUGUGAUUGUUGUUGUUGUGAUGGGCCGCGGCUCCUGCCUCAUCAUCUCUUAUUAUGUCUAACGAGGAAAAAGAAGUCACUAGUAGUGAUGGCAAAUGUAUAAAGGAAUGUGAAAACAGCAAGACUUCCCCAGACAGCUCCUGUAAUGCAGGCAAUGGAGUGGUUAUUGAGCCUCGUCCACAGAGCUCAGAGGAAACACCAACCCCAGACACACAAGAAGACAAGCCAGCUACUCAGUCUGAAGGGCUACCCACAGGGGAAGCAGUAAAUUUCAAGUUAGUAUACAAUAAGACAAAAUAUGAUAUAGAAUUUCCUGUGGAUGGAACAGUCAAGCAACUGAAAGAGCACCUUACAUCAAUAAUAAAUGUAUUACCAGCAAUGCAAAAAGUGAUGAUCAAAGGACUUGCUAAAGAUGAGAAGACUCUAAGAGAGCUUGGAGUAACUCGUGGCUCCAAGGUUAUGGUAGUGGGCUCUAAGCUUGAUGAUGUUGUUAGUGUCAACACACCAAAGUCAGAGAGCUCAUCAUCAGAGAAGCCAACCACCAUCACAUCAAGUAAAGAGCCAUUAUGUAGACAGAAGCUCCAUCGGAAAAUCAUUGACAAAGGAGUGCCUGAAGAUGCUAUGCCUGGGAUUAAGAACACCAAGGAUGUUUUACCAUCAUAUCCACUCUCGGGGAUGGUCAACAAACAUGGGGGAAAAGUGCGUCUCACCUUCAAGUUGGAACUUGACCAGAUCUGGAUUGGCACAAAAGAACGCACUGAGAAGGUCAACAUGAACCACAUCCGUCACAUUGUAUCCGAGGCAAUAGAAGGCUUUGAGCAGUACCACAUCAUGGAAAUGACCAUGCGUCCUAUGAGGCUAAGGUUCAGUAUUGAGAAAGUAGUUGAUAGCAGCAGACUCAAAAAUCAAUCCCCAAACAUCUUCACAGAUGUAAACAAAGUGAUGGGACUACAGCUGGGACCAACUGAGGCCUCAAGGUACUGGAUCUACUGGGUGCCUGCACAGUAUGUUGAUGCCAUCAGAGAUACAGUCCUCGGCAAGUGCAAAAUAAAUGGGAUCCUCAUUGGCAUUCCAUCUUCUGAUCAACUUGAAAUCACCACCACCCUUGAGAACCUCAUACUUCUUCAGAAGAGCUGGUGCUUUCAAAAGUUUUCAAAGUGGGAAUGUAUCUACAUGAUGAAAUAUUUAGCAAUUAAAGUUGUAGUGUCAAGCAAUGCAGCACAUAAUGCAAAUUAUGUGAUUUCAUCUGUCGUCAUAUACUGUUUCCCUCAGAUGAAUAGAAGAAACUAGAAAAGUAAAUGGGACAGACCAUUUUUAUUUAUUCAUUACUUUUUUUGUGUUUAAUGGUGGCUGAAAUGAUAUUUAGGAAUGAAAUUAAACAAAUUUCUUUUACUUUUGGUAUAAAGCGUUUAAUACUAAGUCAAAUUUUUUUCUGCAACAAAAUGUUUAGCCUAGCAGAUACAGUAAUUAUAACCUAUGAUGGUUUUAUGUCCCACAUUGCUCAAAAUAAUAAUUAGGCAAAUUUUAAAGUUUUGAAAAGUAUAUUUCAUGGUAUGUUAGUGUUUAUCAGAUCACUUGACAAGUUAGUUUGCUAAUCAUAGGAUUUCAUUUAUAUUUUAGUAACUACAAUUCAAAAACUGGAAAUUGUGAGCUUUUAUCUUAAAUAUCAGGAGAGCUUUAAUUUUCAACUAACAUUGCACUCUAAUUCCUCAUCCUCCCAAAUGUAUGCUUGAGCAUUUUUUUCCUUUCUUUUUAAAUAUGUAUUUUUCAUAUCAGCUAUAUAUUGCCCAGGUAACUACUUAAGUAUCACAAUUUUUAUAGAGGAAUUUGAGCCAUAAAACAAGUAGAAAGUGUCACAAAGUCACUAAUUAGCUUAACAGAUUUUUACUUUUGAAUGAAAUUUUUUUGUUUAAAAGGCAGCUGAAUACCUAUCACUGGAUGCUUAAGGUGAUGGUUGAUAGCUUGAGUGAUCACCAGUUGAUUGUUGUUGUUGUUUGAACAUACACAUGUCUGUGUGAUCAAUACUUUGCUGCUUAGGAAGUACUGUGGUCAAAGCCUACUUUUUUUUCAUGGCACAUAAUCUGUUGAGUAAAAACACAAAAUCACCACAUAUGACGGAAGCAAAUUAAAUAUAACCACUAAAGCACUGUAGUUUCAUGUAAAACAAAAACAAAAAAGCACAGCAUUUGUAUCUGGCUUACUCAUCCACCUAUUCAGACCAGUUGCUGCUACAUCACUGUCUACAUGCACUAUUGUAUCACAAACUUUUUUUUUUUUUUUUUAAAGAAGACAGCCUGUAUUAUGAAUAUGUAUUCUUCUAUGUGCAAUAUAGACUAUCUUCACUCAUAGCAUAUACAACUGUCUGAUGUUGCAGCUGCAAAGUUACAAUGCUGUUACAAUAUUUGAUUAAGAAAUAUUUUUCUGUAACCAGUUCAGGCAACUAAAAUUCUUCAAAGUACAAGGACAUGGCAUGGUAACUAAUGGCAUGAAUUUUUAUUUAUUCCUGGUGGUAAUGGUCAAACUCAAUAACAGUUCCAUAUGACCAAUGUUUUCCAUUAAUCAAGAUAAUAACUUUUCCUCAGUUACCAAUUGACAGAGUCAGCCAUUCCUAGAGACUCAAGAUUGUUAGACGUACAUUAAUUAUAGCCAGAGAGCAAGUUGUUAAUAAAUUUAAUGGGACUACAAUAAGGCUGUGUUUUUUGUAUUGCUUCAUAUUUUAUGAAUAAAUAUCAGUAUGAAA